GGCUUGGGGAAUGUCCCUGCCCGGGGAUGGGGUCCAGCCGCCCGCUGUGCUGCCCCAGCCGCAGCGAUGCCCCCGUGCCCCCCGUGCAGCAUUUUGGGCUGUUUGGCCCCAAAGGGGAAUUAAACACCCACCGUAACCACCCAUCCCAGACACAGCUUGGGUGGCUUCUCCCCUGCUCCAGGGGCAGGCGCCAUGCAUGGCUCAGUGUUGGACCUGGCAGGGCAGGGUCGAGGGUUGGAGUGGAUGAUUUUAGAUAUCUUUUCCAACCUCAAUGAUUCUAUGAAUUCCACCCUCCCAUCUCCUUUGCAGGUCUCUGCUCUUCUCCCACGCUGUGGACAUGGUGGUCCUGCGGGCUGGGCUCUGCCCUGGUCUCACUGAAGACAUGAUCCAGCUUCUCAGGGCCAAUGGCAUCAAGACAGUGGUGGACUUUGUGUCUUCAGACCUGGAGGAUGUUGCCCAGAAGUGUUCCCUGUCUUACAAGCCUGGACCAGCUGCUGGACUCGGGGCUGUACACGGGGGAAGUGACGGAGCUCAUGGGAGCACCGGGCAGCGGGAAGACACAGGUGUGCCUGGGCAUUGCAGCCAGUGUGUCUCUGAGCCUCAAGCAGCACGUCCUGUUUCUCGACUCCACGGGGGGUUUCACUGCCUCCCGUCUCUACCAGAUGCUCCGAGCCCAGACAGAGGAUGAGGAAGAGCAGCUGGAGGCUCUGCAGCGGAUCCAGGUGGUCCGUGUGUUCAGCAUCUAUGAGCUGCUGAGUGCCUUGCAGGAGCUGCGGGAUCGCCUCUCCCAGCAGGUCGUGAGCUCCAUGGGACCUCUCAAGAUGAUGGUGCUGGACUCGGUGUCGGCUGUGAUUUACCCUCUGCUGGGUGGCAGGCAGUCAGAGGGUUUGGCCCUCAUGAUGCAGCUCUCCAGGGAGCUGAAGACCCUGGCCAGGGAGUUCAGCCUUGCUGUUGUGGUGACCAACCAGGUGACAAGGGACAGCAGCACUGGCCCACUGAAGCCAGCCCUUGGCCGCUCCUGGAGUUUCGUGCCCAGCACCCGGGUGCUGCUGGAGAGCAAAGAAGCCACCUGGGAGAAAGCCACCACACAGCGUGUUGCUUCCCUGGCAAAGUCACCCCGGCAGCCGACAGGGAUACAGGUGGAGCUGGACAUCGGAAACGGUGACGCGUUGGAACCGAGCCCGGUGACACCCACACAGGGACUCUGAUGGGAUGGAAAAGCAAAUGUCACAAGGUUCAAGAGAGCUGCACAAAAGCAGGCAAGCACUGAAGGUUUUACAAACUGACUCUGAGACUCCUGCAGGCCUGCGAAGGACCAACAUAAAAAAAUCUCUUGUUAUUCUACCCUGUGGAAAAACUGAGUCUGGGGUUCCCUGGAGACCUCCCUGUCCAGAAAAUGCUGCCUGCAGUGCCUGGGCUGUGAGGGCAGCAGGACAGCCAGGUCCUGCACUCUGCUGCAGGCUUGCCUUCACCCCCCAGAGCCAGCCCUCUCCUCAGGUGUUGUUUGGGACCAGCUGCAUUGUCCCUGCACAACCCCACAGCUCCCCAGUCUGGUUUUGUUCCCCCCGUGGCUCGCUGCCCUGUGGUCCUGGAGUUCUGAUCAUCCUCGGGCCCACAGUGGGCUUGGUUCAGAAAUAAAAGAAAAAAAAAAGCUGUUGCACA